AUGGCCCAAAUACAAGAGCAAUUAGAAAACAUUCCUGGCUAUGACAUUGCCAUGGACAAAUUCAAUGAGGUAGCCGGAGAGAAGUUCAAUACCAUGGACCCUUUUGAAGAUGAGAAUGGGAAGAGACGGAAGCUCAAUCCUGAAGUGUACCUGAAGAAAGAGCAACAGGCAUGGAGGAAAAUACAACGGCAAGCCUGGAUCGACGACAAGUGUUUUCUUGGGCUGUGUGGAGUUGGUAUGGAUUGCGGCAUUGGCCUAGCUCCCGUUGCCUGCUUCUUCAUCCCUGCGCUCGGGCCGCUAAUGAUGUAUGUCAUUCACGCUCGUCUAAUCAGCAUAGCUGAAAAACAGUUCUUCAUAAAUCAUCAACUAGAGGCCAAGCUUCAUUCCAAUAUCAUCUUUGACCUUCUCAUAUCCCUUCCUCCAGUGAUUGGCGGUUUCCUCACCUGGCUCAAUGGGUGUCUGACAAGGAACGCUGGUAUGAUUUACAAACAUUUGGAAAGACUUGCCGCAGAAAAACAGAAUAACGAAAGACCGCAGUAUGUUGGUACGAGUGAGCAGCAGCAACAUCCCUUAUAUCAAAAUUAUGCACGCUCUCAAAAUUACAAUCCACCUCCUCAAAAGAAGAGUAUCUUCAAGAAAGCGACAGAAGAUCCCAUCCAAGUAUCCUCGCAGCAGCAGUCAGGUGUUCUCUAA